GCGGGUGAGGGGCAUGGCGGACAGAUUGCCGACGUUGGCAGGGCGUGCUGUGGCUAGCAGGCUAGUUGCGGGAAUGAGUAAGGUAUCUGCAGGGUCUGCCUUUUCAGCGGCGGUACACUCGAGUCAGGGCAAGGGCAAGGGCAAGGGCAAGGGCAAGUGCGGCGAAGGUGGGCAUGACGGCGACGGGCCGGUGGUGAUGACGGUGGGCGAGGUGAAGGACGAGGCAUCUCUCCCGUUCAAGUAUCGGAUGGCUCGGCGUGUGGGGCGGAUGCUCGGCUGGUUUUCAACCGAGUCUACGGCAAUCCGGGCUUCCAAGCCGCUGAUGGCGGCGUUCUCGGCCAUGGGCGACGAUGUGCAGAUUCGGGCGCGGGUGGGCCUGCCGGCAGACGACUCUUUCCGGGCAUGGUAUGGGCUUGUGGUCCUGCAGACGUGGAUGUACAUGGUACGGAUGCGGACCGAGGGGUCGUAUGGCGCGCAGAUGCGGCAGGCGCUCUUUGACUCGCUGUGGGAGGAGGUCGAGGUUCGGAUCCGGGCGACAGGCAUCACUCAGGACUCGCUUCUGGCGCGCAAUGUCAAGGAUCUGCUGGGCAUGUUCUACGGCGCAGCUGUCGGCUACGACGAGGGCUUUAUCGGCGACGACACAGUGCUGGCGGCGGCGCUGUGGCGCAAUUUGUACUCGAUGUCGCCCAACGUCGAGGCCAACGAGCUCGCGCGGAUGGUCGACUACGUCCGAGCGCAGAUUGCGCACCUUCAGACGCUCCCCCCGGAGGAGGUUCUCUCGGGCGACUUUGAGUUCCCGACGCCGCCGACGUUUCGCCUGUAAGCAGAGCACGCGGAAGGGGGGUGAAGGCUAGUCCGAGCCGAGCUCGCCUUCCUUGGCCGAGCGCACGGUCUCGAUCUGCUCGAGGUAGCCGUUGACGACGGCCUCGAACUCCUUGACGGUCAGCUUCCAGUACUCCUUGGGCAUAGUCUUUUCGAGGGCUUUGAGGUGCUUCAUGCCGUCGGUCCGAGCGGCGCGGACGGCAACACGGGCGUCCUCGCACCAGGCCGCGAGCUGCUUGAGCCGCUCGCGGCGGAGCUCGGCCGUCACCUUGGGCACCGGCACGUGAAGCCCGCCCUUGGCCGGGACCGGGUUGAGGUUUAGCCCUGCGGCGCGGAUGGCCUUCUCGGUCUCGGAAGUCAGAGACGGAUCAAAGAGCGUGACCGAGAGCAUGUUGGAGCCCUUAGUAGCGACCUGGGCGAUGUGGGCGAGCGGAGUCGGCGCGCCGUAGGCAUCAACCCGCACCGAGUCGAGAAGCUCUGGCGCAGCUCGGCCAGAGGAGAGGCCCGUGACUCUCCGAGCAAGGCCCUCAACAGCAUCUUCCAUACCAAGCGCAUACUCAUCAGCAUCAAACCCAUCAUCGUCAUCAUC